AUGGUGACUCAAAAUGGCCUUGGCGCUUUGAAAAAAACCCAAGCUCCAGCCGCAGCAGAAGAGAAUGAGACCAGCCCUGUUCCUCAGAUGCUGAAUGAUAGACCUAACCCAGAUCAGACCUGCACACAGGUGAAAGGCCUUCAGACUCCUGCUGCAGCAGAAGAGAAUGAGACCAGCCCUGUUCCUCAGAUGCUUAACGAUAGACCUAACCCAGAUCAGACCUGCACACAGGUAAAAGUGAAAGGCCUUCAGACUCCUGCUGCAGCAGAAGAGAAUGAGACCAGCCCUGUUCCUCAGAUGCUUAACGAUAGACCUAACCCAGAUCAGACCUGCACACAGGUAUUUACUGUCCAAGGAUUUUCACUGGUUGAUUAUCCAGAUAGCGAUGAAACUGAUGAGGAUGGUAUGGAAAACGAACCUCCCACCCCACACCUGGAUGUUAUUAUAGGGCAGAAUGAUAUUGGCCCAGAUGUUUCAGAUCAUUUGUACGAUUCAGAUGAAACUGUUGUGAAAGAAACUUGUGAUGAGGCUUCUCCAAGCAACCAUUCCAACAAUCAAUCGGAUGAUGAACUUGUUCCACCACUGAGACGCACAAAAAGCAUUCUGAUGGAUAGAGUACAAGAUUUUACCCACAGUCUCUAUGAUUCAAGUAGUGACAGCGCAGAGGAGACUCCUUUUAAGUCUGAAAGGGAUUCACAGAAACUGAGAAGAAGGUCUUGCCGUACCAUUCAGAUAAAUCUCAUGGAAUCGGAUGACUCAAUCUCAGGUAGCGAAGAGGAGUAUAUUCCAAAUCCCAUGGAUGAAAGCACAGAAAGUGAUAGCAGUAUGGAAUUAACCCUGGAAAAGGAAAAAAAGAACAAAGGUGCAUCAUCCAGUCAGAGCAAGUCUAAGCCCAGGGAGAGUGGAAGUAGAUCCUCCAGAGAGAGUGGAAGCGAGUCCUCCGGUCAGAGCAAGUCUAAGCCCAGGGAGAGUGGAAGUAGAUCCCCCAGAGAGAGUGGAAGCGAGUCCUCCGGUCAGAGCAAGUCUAAGCCCAGGGAGAGUGGAAGUAGAUCCUCCAGAGAGAGUGGAAGCGAGUCCUCCGGUCAGAGCAAGUCUAAGCCCAGGGAGAGUGGAAGUGGAAGCGAGUCCUCCAGACAGAGCAAGUCUAAGCCCAGGGAGAGUAGAAGUGAAUCCUCUAGUCAUAGCCAAUUUGACUUUAGCCAGAGAAGACUUUUGGAAAGAUGUCAUGAUCCCGCACGAAGAUUUCCAAAUAGCAGAGUUGAUGGGAAUGAAAAGGAAAUCGCAACAUAUUCUGAAAACAAUGUUUCAGUGCCCCUGGAAGAAGAGCAGUAUAUCAUUGUCAGUCCAACUUUAAAGAAAGAUGAUGGAUCCAGAAGCUAUAACAAGAAACAUUUCUGUUUUUAUUGCAGGAAGUUUGUCCAGAAAAUGUCAAGACACUUGUGGCGUAAACACCAAGAUGAAUCGGAUGUUGCGAAAGCAUUCAGUUUUCCAAAAAACUCAAAGGAAAGAAAACUACAAUUGGACUACAUACGAAAUAAGGGAAACUUUGAGCACAACAGUCAUGUUUUGGAAACACAAAAAGGAAAACUAAUCCCAUGUAAACAACCGGGAAAAAAAUCAGAGGGACAUAAAUUUGCACAUUGCAUUCACUGCUAUGGGUUGUUCUCAAGAAGAGCAAUGUGGCGGCAUUUCAAGGUCUGCAGCUUCAAACCUGAAAGUACUAAACCAGGUAAAAAUAGAGUUCAGGCAUUGUGUGCUUUCGCUGAACCUUCUCCAUCGGAAUAUACGGACGCGUAUUGGAAGUUCUUGAGUGUAAUGAGUCAGGACAAGAUUGCAGUUGCAAUUAAAGGAGACCACUGCAUCCUCAAUUAUGGGUUCAGGUUGUUCAAAAAGAAUGAGAAGAUAGUGAGUCAACACCAGUAUAUACGCCAAAAACUGAGAGAACUUGGCAGGCUUUUAUUGGAAGCUAAAAAAAUCACACAUGUGAAGACCAUUCAAGAACUCAUCAAACCUGAACAGUACUCCCAGGUUGUCAGAGCUGCAAAGAACCUAUCUGGAUUCAGUGAGGAAAGUGGCAUAUACCAAUGUCCCUCUCUUGCACGCAAGGUAGGACACAGCCUGCAUUCGUUGGCUAUGUUUAUCAAGUCCGAAGGACUGAAAAAGAAAGAUAAAGAAACCAUUAAAGAUGCUGAGGAGUUCGCACAGUUGUAUUUAGAGAGUUGGAGGUUUGAUAUUGCAGGCCAGGCAUUAACCCAGCUUAACCGGGCCAAAUGGAAUGCACCGCAACUUUUACCUCUUACACAAGAUAUCCAAAGGCUACAUUGCUAUCUAGAAGAAAAACAGCAGCAACAUCUCAAAGAUUUAAAAGAACAUCAUUCAUCCACAAAUUGGAAGGAACUUGCAAAAGUAACACUGACUCAAGUUAUGCUUUUUAAUCGGCGGAGAGCAGGUGAAGUGUCCCGAAUGCGCCUGUCUGCAUACUUAUCGAAGGACACAUCAGAGGAACAGGGAGAUGUAAAUUUGGCCCUCACAGCGCUUGAGCAGAAGCUCUGCAGGCAUUUUGUGCGAAUAGCAAUUGUUGGAAAAAGAGGAAGGAAGGUUCCUGUUCUUCUAACCCCAUUAAUGAGAGAAUCACUUGAUGCUCUUACUGAGAGCAGAGAAGAAUGUGGGGUGCUAAAGGACAAUGAAUAUCUGUUUGCAUUGCCACAAUCUGCCCAUUACCUCAGGGCUUGUGACUGCAUUAGGCAAUUUUUCAGUGAAUGUGCUGACAUAAAAAAUCCUCAAGCGCUAACAUCAAUUCAACUGAGGAAACAUAUUGCUACCCUGUCUACUGUUCUGAACCUCAAAACCACUGAGCUCGACCAGUUGGCAGACUUCCUUGGUCAUAAUAUCGCUGUUCACAGGAAACACUACAGGCUCCCAGAAAGCACCCUCCAAUUAGCCAAAGUAAGUAAAGUCCUCCUGGCAAUGGAACAAGGACGCCUAGGAGAUUACAAAGGAAAGAGCCUCGAUGAAAUAAAAGUCGAUGUGAAUGAGACCAUUGACAUGGAGGGACCUUUAGCAGAGGACAUUGAAGAUGUCAGUAUGCUAAGAGAUGAUGGGUCAGACGAUGAGGUCAGCAUGUCAUCCACGCAAGAAUGUACCUCCACAUCACAAAGUCAAAACCGGGGAGUGUCUGCAACCGAUGUCAGUAUGCCAAGAGAAGAGGGGUCAGAAGAUGAGGUCAGCAUCUCAUCCCUGCAAGAAUGUCCCUCCACAUCACAAGUCCAAAACCGGAGUGUGUCUGCAAAAAAGAGAGGAAAACAAACAGCCAUCAAAAGAAGCUGGACCCCAGACGAGUGUGCUGCAGUGGACACACAUUUGAGGAAAUUUAUUGUAAGGAAUCAAGUUCCUGGUAAAGAAGAGUGUCAGCGCUGUAUUACUGCAGAACCUCAAGCUCUCAGAAACAGAGACUGGAAAGCAGUUAAAUAUUAUGUUAAAAAUCGCAUUACAGCCCUGAGAAGAAAAGUCUAGUGUGAAAGCACCUAAUGGAACUGAGGUAAAACCAAAACAUUAGAGGUAGGAUCUUAAAAUGUUUUGUCUUUGGUUGUGUUCUGUUGUAACCUUGUUGUUGUUGUAGGGGUUUGCUCAGGUUUUAUGGCUGUCCAGUGGCCAACAAAUAUACACAUUUCACAGAUCUUAUUUAAUUUUAUUUUUUAUUUGAUGGAUGUAGGAUGGAUGUUCGAGAGAUGAAUGGAUGUAGGAUAGAUGAUUGAUGUUUGAUGGAUGUAG